AUGACCAGACGGUUUGACAACACCAUAUUCGGUCGGCACGCGCUUAGAGACCAGCAAGACCACGAGAAAUUGGUGCACAUCAUUGCGCCAGCAUUGACUUGCCUCAAGAGGACAGCUCCGUUACGGCAGGAGGAAUCACAGACGCAAGUCGAAGAACCCUUGGGCUUGAUUGUUCGGGCGGAGCGACGCAAGUGUAUGCUCCCCCGGACCGCCAUUAGCCGUUACACCCCUCAAGAGAGAGAUGCGCACCCCAAUCGAGUACUCUUGACGCCGCAAAUACGUCGAAUCCGCCGGAAGGCCAUGGUCGAAUGCAAGGAGUCGACCAAGGCCACCCAUGCUCUGACCUUCGCCACUCCCCACUUGUCGACUGCCACUGACAAUCGCCUUCUGUCUCUCAGACAAAGCUCACACAAACGCCUUCUUAUCAAGAUGUCUUCGUACAACAAGAUCAACAAGAACACCGUGCACAAUGCCGGCCACCCGCAAGCCACUCAUGCGCCCGACCAUGCGCGGCGACUCAUGGUCGUCGGAGGCAAAGCCGGCCCUCAGACUAUGUGGGACUUGCUCGCUCUGCGCCGUGGCGCGUUUCUGCGCGCCGUGGACGCGCAGGACGCGCAGGGGCCGGGAACGAUCCGCGACCAAGGUGGAUUGCGCCCGACGUCGGCCACAUCGACUAACUCGUCCGUCACCCUCUUCGGUGACGAGAGCGUCGAGUGGAUUAUGAAGGAGGUCUACGGGUCAGGGUAUCUCAAGCAACCCAAGCAGAGGCGCCCCACUGCAAAGACCCUUCGCAUCGCCGACAACCACCGCUUCCGCUACUCCAAACACACCAAAGCCCCGAAGGCCUCCGAUGUUCCCCCGCUCGAGGAGAUGAUCAGGGCCCACGUGACCGACAAGAACGUGACCGCCUCGAGGCAGGCGGCCAUGCAGCCUGAGCUCGUGGCCGACAACGCAGUGAAGGACUUCGCGUUCCUCGCGAGCAAGGCGCGCCAGGGACGUGGUCAGCAGUCUGGCGAGGAAAAUGAAGGGCUAUCGUCGAUGCAGCUGGUCCUUCGCGGCCUUCAGAAAGGCCCUGUUAAACAAGAUCAGUUGAAAGCUAGGUCCCAGCGUUGCUUGGGGGUGCCUCCCUCCCAGAGUGUGCGUGCUAAGAUGCCGAUGGGCAUCACGAAGGAGCGCGCUCUUGUUCCAUUUCAGUUUCCUCCUCACUGUAAUUACACCAACGAGCCUGCCAACGCCGUCGGGUCUGUGGAGCAGGCUGCAUCGGAUGCCUCGCCGUCGUCGCUCGAGCUGCCCGCCUCCUACUACGAGUAUGAGGCCGAUGAGGCGUACAAGACGCGCGUGAACAAGGGUGCUAACAUGCGUGCGCCAUCGCCGUCUGAGCUCCCCGCCCCCACUGACUACGUCGCGGAGGACGCACGUCGCGCAAUCGAGGCUAUGAUGCCGCCGAGGUCCUAUGACCUCCCCCGUUGCCCUCGGGCUCGCCAGCGGUUCGUGCUUUACUCGACGCUCCAGGCGCUGCCCGGCUCGCCCGAGUAG